AUGGAGGCGCUCACUUCCUGGGCCAGCUCUCAUGGCGCGGAGCUACAUCCCGCUAUCGAAAUUUUCAACGACAACGAUACUGGCAAUUCUUUUCGUGUGAAAGUCGGGCAGCAGCUUCGUCCUGGUGAGACUAUCGUCACCUGUCCCUUCAGUCUCACACUAUCGUUUCUGAACGCCCUCGACCUGAAGAGCCACGGGCAUGAAUCCCACGAUGACACACAGCCUCUGCCAAGAGAGUUUGUCGAAACUGUACCCCCGCAUAUCGUCGCCCGCUUCUUUCUUAUCAAACAAUACCUCUUAGGGCGCGAGUCCUUUUGGUAUCCCUACAUUUGCACGCUUCCUCAACCGGACCAGUUAUCUUCAUGGAGUCUACCGCCACUGUGGCCUUCUGACGACAUUGAGUUAUUGGAGGACACCAACAUUCACACUGCUGUUGCCGAGAUCAAGGCCCGGCUCAAGGCCGAAUACAAACAGGCUACUCCGCUGCUCGAAGCCUUGCCGAAUGCGAACGACUACACACGCCUCCUCUACCACUGGGCCUACAGCAUUUUUACCAGUCGCAGCUUCAGGCCUUCUCGGGUGGUUCCUGAUCACGAGAGUCUGCCUCUGCCCGAAGGGUGUGCGAUUGAUGACUUUCAUAUCCUGAUGCCCCUGUUCGAUGUUGGAAACCACUCGCAUUCGGCUAAGAUUUCGUGGGAUAUUGCUCCAGGUACGAGCACCACAGUCCUCAAAACGCUCGAUGCAUACGAUUCUGGCGCCCAAGUCUUCAAUAACUACGGCUCAAAGACAAACGCCGAGCUCAUGCUAGCAUACGGCUUCCUCAUCCCCGAAUCGCCGACCGUUCACAAUGACUUCGUGCACCUGCAGCUUCGAACGGCCGACGAAACGGCCUCGUCACUCGCAGACUCUGCCAAGCCGCGCUCCUUCUUCUUCUCUCUCCGCCCGGUCGCUGAUCCAAGCUCUCUGGCGGCCCAUCGGCAGCUGACUCUGCCCGAUAUCGACCAGGCCUCAGUGCUGCCCGCCUUUCGCCACGUGCAAGAUGCCCUCAUUUGGCAGUUGUUCCUCCUCCAGACAACACCCGAGCAGCGAGAUACCAUCAACAUUCCAUCAGACGCCAAGGAUACUGACGAAGAACGCCUGAAGGCCGUGUUGACGGGCAAGCUUCCCGACGGGUUCAGGCCCAUCUUGGAACAGACCAUGGCCAUUAUUCAAGCAAAAGCCAUGCAGGAGCUGGAAAAGCUGGAGCAGUCAGACUUUGAACUAGACAAAGACACGAAUGCCACUCGAAACCAGCGCAUGGUGUACCAGUACCGAUUACAGUGCAGGCAGGUCCUCAUCAACGUGUUGGAGUCUGUAGAGCCACCACCAGAAUGA